AUGACGCCCGAUACUUUCAAUGGCGACUUGAAUCAAGGGGUCGGAAAGCCUUGGGAGAUCUACAGGACCACACAACUCACCAACCGAACUUUGGAUCUUUACACGAAAGCUGGCGAUCUAUUCGCUCACUCCUCAAACCUCGUGCUAAGUCCGCAUUACAAUGUUGGCUUCGUCGUUCUGGCCGCUGGAGAUAAUACUAACAACACUGUACGCUUGAUCUCGGAUAUCCUGAUUGAGGGCUUGUUCCCAGCACUGGUGAGCGCUGCCAGAGCCCAAGCUGAGCGGAAGUACGCUGGCCACUACCAGAGCGCUGAUAUGGAGCGGCUAAACUCCAGCACUACGUUGACUACGAAAGCUGGCGAGCCGGGGCUUGUGGUCAAAUCCUGGAUUAGCAAUAGCACAGAUGUGAAGAGCGUGCUUUCGGUGACCAAUUCUAGCGCUCGGGACAUCCGUCUCUAUCCCACUGGUCUGUUGGAGAGUAGUGGCAACGGCACGGAACGGGUUGCAUACAGAGCUACGUUCGGCUCUGUGAGUGAUGAUGCUGUGAGCAAGGGUGUCACCUCAGGGGCUUGUACAACUUGGUUCACGCAGAAUUAG